AUGGCGUUGUUGAAUUGCUGUGUGCUAAUGCUUCUCUGGAUCAGCCUGUUGGAGUUCAGCCUGAUGUCCCCACUGUCAAACAGGACUGCUAAAGAAGAAGAGGACGGACUGGCAGUGACGCCUGAGGGUGACAAGCUUUCUGUCUUACAUCGCUCCAAACGUGGCUGGAUGUGGAAUCAGUUCUUUUUGCUGGAGGAGUACACUGGGGCUGAGCCACAGUACGUGGGCAAGCUUCACUCUGAUGUUGAUAAAGGAGACGGCACUCUUAAAUACAUUCUGUCAGGCGAUGGAGCUGGAACAGUAUUCACCAUUGAUGAGAACACUGGGGACAUUCACGCCUUAAAGAAAAUGGACCGGGAGGAGAAAUCUUUUUAUACAUUGCGUGCUCAAGCCAUUGAAAGACGGACCGGGAGGCCCGUGGAACCUGAAUCUGAAUUUAUUAUCAAGAUUCAUGAUAUUAAUGACAACGAACCAAAGUUUUCAAAGGAAUUGUAUAUGGCCACUGUUCCUGAAAUGUCUGAUGUUGGUACGUCUGUAAUUCAAGUGAUUGCUACUGAUGCUGAUGACCCUACCUAUGGGUACAGUGCCCGGGUGGCAUACAGCAUCUUACAAGGGCAGCCUUACUUCUCAGUGGAAUCGGACACAGGUAUUAUUCGGACAGCUUUACCAAACAUGGACAGAGAAGCAAAGGAGCAGUAUCAAGUGAUCAUCCAGGCAAAGGACAUGGGUGGACAGAUGGGAGGAUUAUCAGGCACAACAUCUGUAAACAUCACCCUCACUGAUGUCAAUGACAAUCCUCCCAGAUUUCCUCAAAGUUUAUACCAAAUGAGCGUCAAGGAAUCUUCCCCAGAAGGUGGGACUGUUGGCAGAAUUAAAGCUUAUGAUGCAGAUAUUGGAGAAAAUGCAGAAAUAACCUAUCACAUCAUUGAUGGAGAUGGGAUGAAUAUGUUUGACAUUAUUACUGACAAGGCCACACAAGAGGGUGUCGUGUUGGUCAAAAAGAUGUUGGACUAUGAGAACAAGAAAAGCUAUACCUUAAAAGUUGAGGCAACGAACAGUCGGCUUGACCCGCGAUUCCUUUACCUGGGUCCAUACAAAGAUGUAGCCACUGUGAGGAUUGCUGUUGAAGAUGUCGAUGAGCCUCCAGUGUUCAGUAGACCCUUUUACAUGUUUGAUGUAUAUGAAGACAUUGAUGUGGGGACUAUCAUCGGUACCGUAACUGCACAGGAUCCUGAUGCAUCUCAUAGCUUGAUUAGUUACUCAAUCGAUCGGCACACUGAUUUGGACAGAUAUUUCAACAUAAACUCUGCCAAUGGAUCAAUUGUAACUUUGAAACCUCUUGACCGAGAAGAAAUGCCUUGGCAUAAUAUUACGGUCAUAGCAAUCGAGACAGUUUUGGAAAAUUCAAGGCAAACUAGCCGCGUGCCAGUACUUCUCAAGGUUUUAGACAUCAAUGAUAAUGCUCCAGAGUUUCCCGUGGUUUAUGAGACUUUUGUCUGUGAGAAUGCAAAGGCUGGCCAGCUUAUACAAACUGUCGGAGCUGUGGAUAAGGACUCACCACCAAGUGGAUCCAGAUUCUUCUUCAGUUUGACCCCAGAAUCUGCCAACAAUCCUAAUUUUACAGUUCUGGAUAAUGAAGAUAACACAGCAGGAAUUCUAACCAGGAGAGGUGGAUUUCGUCGUCAAGACAUGAGUACCUACCUUUUGCCUGUCCUGAUUGCUGACAAGGAGUAUCCCAUACAAAGCAGCACGAAUACCUUACUGAUCAGAGUGUGUGCCUGUGACAGUGACGGGACUAUGCAAUCCUGUAAUACAGAAGCAAUAAUCCUCCCUCCCGGUCUCAGCACUGGGGCUCUCAUAGCCAUUCUGCUCUGUAUCAUUAUUCUGCUCGUUAUUGUAGUGCUGUUUGCUGCCAUGAGGAAACAGAGAAAGAAGGAGCCUCUCAUUAUUUCCAAAGAGGAUAUCCGGGACAACAUUGUCAGCUACAACGAUGAGGGAGGUGGUGAGGAGGAUACUCAGGCCUUUGACAUCAGCACACUGAGAAAUCCGGAGGUCAUCGAAGACACCCAGUUACGCAGAGACAUUAAACCCGAAAACUUCCUUCUCCCGCGACCAGCUCCAACUAUACCAGAUAACACCGACGUAAGAGAUUUCAUUAACCAGAGGUUAAAGGAGAACGACACAGACCCCGGAGCACCUCCUUAUGAUUCACUGGCGACAUAUGCCUAUGAGGGGAAUGGGUCCAUUGCUGAGUCUCUCAGUUCCUUAGAGUCAGUUACCACAGAGACAGACCAGGAUUAUGAUUACUUGAGUGACUGGGGACCUCGGUUCAAAAAACUGUCAGACAUGUACGGAGGAGAGGACAGUGACAGAGACUCUUAG